AGAUGAUGUAAUGGUUGUGAAACUUUGACAAGCUUUUGCAAGAAAAUUGGUAGGGGUGGACUAAGAAAUAAGAGUUCCAAAAAUCAAGAGCUAUCGUCUUCAAUUCAUUAUAAAGCGGAAGCAAUAAAGCAGUACGCGUAAAGUUGUACCCUACGCCUACACUGCAUUCAUCAUUUUCCCAUUCCCACUCCUAAACUCCAUAUUACUACUAAUCUUCACAUCAUAACAAUAUGAUGAUAGUUAUGAAUCAUCAAAGAUUAUUAUUUCUUGCGUUGGUCUUGUUGAUCGAGGCAGGGCAGUUGGCCUCGGCCCAAAUUAGCUGUCAAAACAACGGAAAUUUCACGAGAAACAGUAGGUAUGCUGUUAAUCUGAACAGCACUCUGAGCGAUUUAUCCAGAAACGUGAACGACACCGGUUUCUACAACGCCUCUGCCGGAGAGGGCACGGACAGAGCCAACGCCAUGGUGCUCUGCAGAGGGGAUGCUCAGCUGGACGCAUGCCGUGAAUGCAUCGGAGAAGCUACAGAAGAGCUUCUCCGAUCAUGCCCCAAUCAAAAGCAGGCUAUCCGUUGGGACGAACGCUGCAUGCUACGAUACUCCAACGCCACAAUUUACGGCAACAUGGAGUCUAGCCCCAUGUGGUAUUGGUGGAAUCCUAACAACGCAACGAGCCCUGCGGAGUUCGAGGACUCUGUGAGACGCCUGCUAGAUGGACUCCGUGACCAGGCUGCUAAUGGGGGUUCUCUCAGAAAGGUUGCAGCUGGGAAUGAAAGUGGGCCUGAUUUUCAGGACAUUUUUGCUUUGCUGCAGUGCACCCCGGAUUUGAUUAAAGAGGAUUGCAGUAGUUGCUUGAUUAAUGCUAUCGGUAAUAUACCAGUAUAUUGUGAUGGGAAAAGAGGGUGUAGAGUGAUCUCGCCCAGCUGCACUCUUCGUUUUGAGAUAUAUCCCUUCUAUAAUGAAACUAGGCUUCGAGAGCUAGACCCUACGUCGUCUCUCUCACCGCCUGCACCUGUGCCUGUGCCUUCUUCCUCGUCUGGAAAGGGUGAUGGUAAUACAACAAAAAUUGUUAUUAUUGUGGUUGCAAUUGUUUUGAGCCUCAUACUAGCUGUUUCUGCUAUCAUCUGGUUAAGACGGAGAAAAACACACAAACUAACAGGAAUGCAUCAUCAGCUGGAAGAUGUUGAUGAGAUUAGCACGGCCGAAUCCCUGCAAUAUGAUUUCAGCACCAUCAAAACUGCGACAAAUGAUUUCUCUGACGGUAACAAGUUGGGCCAAGGUGGAUUCGGUGCUGUUUACAAGGGAACGCUUCCAAACGGUCAAGAGAUUGCAGUAAAGAGAUUGUCUAGAGAUUCAGGACAAGGUGUUGUGGAAUUCAAGAAUGAAGUCCUACUACUAGCCAAGCUUCAACACAGGAAUUUGGUUAGACUCUUGGGUUUUGCUAUACAAGGGAUGGAGAAGCUUCUCAUAUAUGAAUUGGUGCAAAAUGCAAGCCUAGAUCAAUUUAUAUUCGAGCAACGGAGCCGCUCAUAUUUGGACUGGGAUAGACGUUACAAGAUCAUAGGGGGUAUCGCUAGGGGUAUUCUCUACUUACAUGAAGAUUCUCGACUCAGAAUCAUCCACCGUGAUUUGAAAGCCAGCAAUAUACUUCUAGACAAAGAGAUGAACCCCAAAAUUGCAGACUUUGGUAUGGCCAGAUUGUUUGGGCAAGAUGAAACUCAAGGAAAUACCAGCCGAGUUGUCGGAACAUAUGGAUAUAUGCCGCCUGAAUACAUAAUACACGGCCAGUUCUCCAUCAAAUCCGACGUCUUCAGCUUUGGAGUUCUGGUCCUGGAAAUCAUCAGUGGGCGCAAGAACAGCGAUUUCCGUAGUGGGGAGAACGUGGAGGACCUCCUCGGUUUUGCAUGGAAAAACUGGCGGGAAGGAACAGCAACAAAUGUGGUGGAUCCGGGGUUGAGAUCCGGUUCGGGUUCCAUGAGUGAGAUGCUGAGGUGCAUCCAUAUCGGUUUGCUGUGCGUUCAAGAUAAUGCGGCGGAGCGCCCCACCAUGGCUUCGGUUGUUAUUAUGCUCAGCAGCGCCUCCAUAAGCCUGCCUCUGCCUGCUGAGCCUGCAUUUUAUCUUGCCAGCGGUUAUACUUCCCGACUUGACUACGACGAUUCUAGGGAGCAUCACUCCACCAAUACUUUGCAGGCGCCGCCGCCUCUAGCUGAUCACUCAGAUCAUUCAUCCAACAAUGAUGUUUCAAUCACCGAUUUACAUCCACGAUGAUUUCUACAUCCCCUAUCUUUUACCUUACUUUAUUCAGAAGUCACCAUUUUUGUUUGUAAAACUCGCUUCUUUAAAUGUAUCACUGAUGAUUCGUUGUCUUUUAUUUUCUUUAUUUAAUUAAUGAAUAUUGAUUAUGAUCUGUA